GGACUGCCCACCAACGUCCCACCUCCACCAAAACCCACUCUCGUCAGCAUCGUAGACACUGAUCAGCAUUUUCUGCUCACACACCUUCUUCGCCAUGCCUUCAGGACAGGGAGCCGGCACGAACCCAAUCCACAACAAAAAGGCCAAGAAGAAGGCCGUGGAGGAGGAUGAAGAUGACAAGGCCUUCAAGGCUAAGCAGAUGGCUGAGAAGAAGAAGCUCGAGGAGGCCCGAAAUGCCGUAGCAGGAAAGAAGGGACCGCUGAACACGGGUUCGCAGGGCAUUAAGAAGAGUGGCAAGAAAUGAUGGACACAAGAUGACUUUGCGAGACGAUACGAGUCACGAACCAUACGGCAGACGGACUAUGUGCAAGCAUGGAGCGAUGGGAUCAGGCGUUAGGGGAGAUAUACCUCUGAAAACUCGGGUUGUUGAUUGCUAAGACGUGUUCCCCCAUUCCUUUGUGACUUAAGAGAUAAGGCGUGGACGAGGCGAUCGUUUGGGCGUUGCUC